CUAGCUAACGUGAUCGGGGAUUUAUAUUGGAGAAGCAGUUUCUGCCUAUCUUCAUACUGUUACUGUCUUUGGGCGAAGUGCUUCAUUCUGACGUUUCCUAUUGAGAUAGAACCCACCUCUUCCUGUCGGUGUCAGAGUAGUAACUUCACCAUAUUUAGUUGGUCAGAGCCCCACAGAGUUGAGCACAGAAAAUCUGAAAAUCUUAGUCAUAUCGGCGAAUGCAACCGGGAGUUGACAGCCUAGAAACAGCGAGACUGGCCGCUGUUGGAGAGUGACAUCAGUGGAAACAAGGCUGCACAUCAACACGGGUGCAAGCUGCCUAUCGACAGCAGACUUUGAGUGUUAAGUAGCUGUUCAAUUGUCGGAUGAGAAUUCUAACUAGUAGUCGAAGAUGGCUAGCUAGUUUAUUAUCGCCCAGCCUUAAACUCGAUUUCUGCUGUACGUAAAACCGAAUUUAUCCGAUUUUUACAACGCGAACUGGUAAGAAACUAAAGAGCCCAGUGAAUCUGCAAUUAUGAUAUCUUGACAAGUGUCAGUUAGCUAUGUUUUUCUCAAUCCAUUUGCUAAUCUAGCUAGUUGCUAGCUAGUUUAUCAGCGUCGUUGAAGCUCGAGCGAGUAUCGCCGUGGCAGUGAAAUCUGAUUGGAUACCUUGAUCGUGUGAACAACUUGCAGACGCUGGGACACGGAAGACCCUCGUCCAAAGGGACUGGAACAGGGGCUCGUUUGACAGUGAGUGGAGAGGAGAACUCUGGGGAACCCGUAACUACUCGGCUGCAUCGCCUGUGAGGCGUUGAACUGCCGAUAAACCAGAUUGAACCAAGCAGAUUGAACCAAGCAAGAGUUCCACGUUUGACAUCUGUGAUCCGGGGAGUAAACCGGGCAGGGACCUCAUGAAUGGAAAUCGGAACUACAGGAGCCGUUGGAGCCCAGCCCCUGUUCACUGUGCCGCGGCGGCCUGGCUAUGGCACCAUGGGAAAGCCCAUCAAGCUGCUGGCCAACUGCUUCCAGGUGGAUAUCCCCAAGAUAGACGUCUACCUCUAUGAGGUGGACAUCAAGCCCGAGAAGUGCCCGCGCCGCGUCAACAGGGAGGUGGUGGACUCCAUGGUGCAGCACUUCAAGGUUACCAUCUUUGGGGAUCGUCGGCCAGUCUACGAUGGGAAGAGGAGCUUGUACACAGCGAACCCGCUGCCUGUGGCAACCGCAGGGGUGGAUUUGGACGUCACUCUACCGGGUGAGGGGGGCAAGGACCGGCCCUUUAAGGUCUCAAUCAAGUUUGUGUCCCUGGUGAGCUGGCACAUGCUGCACGAGGUGCUAACGGGCCGCAGCGUGCCUGAGCCCCUGGAGCUGGACAAGCCCAUCAGCACCAACCCAGUACACGCUGUGGAUGUAGUGCUGCGACACUUGCCCUCCAUGAAGUACACCCCGGUGGGUCGCUCCUUCUUCUCAGCCCCAGAGGGCUACGACCAUCCUCUGGGAGGGGGGAGAGAGGUGUGGUUUGGUUUCCACCAGUCUGUACGUCCCGCCAUGUGGAAGAUGAUGCUCAAUAUUGACGUUUCUGCCACGGCCUUCUACAAAGCCCAGCCUGUGAUCCAGUUCAUGUGUGAGGUCCUGGACAUCCACAACAUAGACGAGCAGCCCCGACCUCUCACAGACUCCCACCGGGUCAAGUUCACCAAAGAAAUCAAAGGUCUGAAGGUGGAGGUGACCCACUGUGGAACCAUGCGGCGGAAGUACCGCGUUUGCAACGUAACCCGUCGGCCCGCCAGCCAUCAAACGUUCCCUCUGCAGCUGGAGAAUGGUCAAACGGUGGAACGCACAGUGGCCCAGUACUUCAGAGAGAAGUACAGCCUGCAGCUCAAGUAUCCCCACCUGCCCUGCCUCCAGGUGGGGCAGGAGCAGAAGCACACCUACCUGCCCCUGGAGGUGUGUAACAUAGUAGCAGGGCAGCGCUGCAUCAAGAAACUGACAGAUAAUCAGACGUCCACAAUGAUCAAAGCCACGGCUCGCUCUGCACCUGACAGACAGGAGGAGAUCAGCCGGCUGGUGCGCAGUGCCAACUACGAGUCUGACCCCUUUGUGCAGGAGUUCCAGUUCAAGGUGCGCGACGAGAUGGCCCACGUGACUGGGCGCGUGCUGCCCGCCCCCAUGCUGCAAUACGGCGGCAGGGUGAGCACAGAGCACUUUAUGAACCGGACAGUGGCCACCCCAAGUCACGGGGUGUGGGACAUGAGGGGCAAACAGUUCCACACGGGAGUAGAGAUCAAGAUGUGGGCCAUUGCGUGUUUCGCCACACAGAGGCAGUGUCGUGAGGAGAUCCUCAAGGGUUUCACAGACCAGCUGCGUAAGAUCUCCAAGGAUGCUGGGAUGCCCAUCCAGGGCCAGCCGUGUUUCUGUAAAUACGCCCAGGGAGCCGACAGUGUGGAGCCCAUGUUCAGGCACCUGAAGAACACCUACUCUGGAUUGCAGCUCAUCAUCGUCAUCCUGCCCGGAAAAACCCCCGUCUACGCGGAGGUGAAGAGGGUGGGAGACACUCUCCUAGGAAUGGCCACUCAGUGUGUCCAGGUGAAGAACGUGGUGAAGACGUCCCCCCAGACCCUCUCCAACCUCUGCCUCAAGAUCAAUGUCAAGCUGGGGGGAAUCAACAAUAUCCUGGUGCCUCACCAACGACCCUCAGUAUUCCAGCAGCCAAUCAUCUUCCUGGGGGCGGACGUUACACACCCCCCUGCUGGAGAUGGGAAGAAGCCCUCCAUCGCUGCAGUGGUCGGCAGUAUGGACGCCCACCCCAGCAGGUACUGUGCCACAGUCCGGGUCCAGAGGCCCAGGCAGGAGGUGAUCCAGGAUCUGGCCUCUAUGGUCCGAGAACUGCUGAUCCAGUUCUACAAGUCGACCCGCUACAAGCCCACCAGGAUCAUCUUCUACAGGGACGGAGUGUCAGAGGGCCAGUUCAGACAGGUGCUGUACUACGAGCUGCUGGCCAUCCGCGAGGCCUGCAUUGGCCUAGAGAAGGAGUACCAGCCCGGCAUCACCUACAUCGUGGUCCAGAAACGCCACCACACCCGCCUCUUCUGUGCUGACCGCAACGAAAGGGUUGGACGUAGUGGAAACAUUCCUGCUGGCACCACGGUGGACACGGACAUCACACACCCCUACGAGUUUGACUUUUACCUCUGCAGUCACGCUGGAAUACAGGGCACCAGUCGGCCCUCCCACUACCACGUCCUGUGGGACGACAACUGCUUCACGGCCGACGAGUUCCAGCUGCUCACUUACCAGCUGUGCCACACCUACGUGCGCUGCACACGCUCCGUCUCCAUCCCCGCGCCAGCCUACUACGCCCACCUGGUGGCCUUCCGUGCCCGCUACCAUUUGGUGGACAAGGAGCACGACAGUGCGGAGGGCAGCCAUGUCUCUGGUCAGAGUAACGGUCGGGACCCCCAGGCUCUGGCCAAGGCGGUACAGAUUCACCACGACACGCUGAGGACCAUGUACUUUGCCUGAGCACCACCCCACACCACCAUCACCGCACUUAAAACACACACCCCCACACCCCUGCCUGCCAGUCAAGGAGGGUUGCAGCCCCUCACAACCAGUCAAUCCGGACCUGACACUGUGUAGAGGGGGGGUGGGGGAAGCCCCCCGCAAUGGACUGAGGAUGCAGACAGACGCUGCUUUAAAACAAGAGAGGAAGAACUUGGCACUAUUAUGCAAUAUUAAACCACCCCCUGCUUUUCCUGGGCACCCUAACUCCGCCCCCACCUCCUCCAGGCCCUCCCUCCUUUUCUCCGGUCAUGAAAGAGAUCCGUGGUUUUGAUUCCGGAUGUGUAUGGUCGACGUUGCAGAGUUCGUUCCCUUUCGUCAUCAUGCCUUUUACCUCAACUCAGUUCAACGGCAGCACUUUCUGCCCUUUUUCAUUUGUUAGUUAUGUUUUGACUUUUCUUUAUCAAAGGUUGAGGAGAGAAGAAGAAAAGGAUGAGGUGUUUGAAGGGUGGAUCUCGAUCUGUGCAGAACUAUCACGGCGCACUAGCUUGCCACUAAUUUUCCUCCUCUUUUUUUUAGCCAAUGGUGACUUAUCAAAAGUGUGAGCGUGUCAAUGGACACUGUACUAGGAGAGGAACACGAGCUCUUAUUUUGAGAACAGUGCCACCUGGAGUCUGAACGGUGUAAAUGCUCUCCUCACAAGUCCCAACCUGUCUUGGGAAUAAGCUAUGAUGCUAAUCAUAUGAUUUCUUAGUCGUUAUCAUUUGACUUGACCCAGUAAGUGAUGUGCGUAUACAGUGGCACACAUCCGUAGAGGGUAAUACAAUGAUAUCAAACCCGAGGUCCGUCCCCUAUGACAUCGAUCUAAUGUGCUGUCACAGCAACAUUGCAAUGUGACCCUGUUUGGAAUUUUCUUUCCUGUACAUCAUGUUUGAUAUUUAAGAUGCUUGUUUUUUUUACCAUUCUUUCCAGUAUUUAUUAGUAUGCUCAAGAUAUAGUAAUUUAAUGAGAAGAGCAUUUAUUUCUGCAUUCUUUCAUUCUAUCUGCUCUCUUGAAUUUGAGUUUUGUUGUGGAAGAUCCUACAUUGAAUGACAGAUCAUGUUGCUUUCCUCUAGUGCAAUAAUGUUUUAGCUGAGGGGAGGAAGAGUCUUCUAGAGGAUACGACUUGAAUGUCGAAGUCUGCAGCGGUGAGUUUAGGAGAAUGUACUAGAACCCACAUCUCUUACGAGAGCUCUCGGAUAGUAAGAGUAUGUUUUUGAGCCACACAAUUGGCACUUACCCCGUUGCUCCUCUUUAUGAAGGGAGUAUCGGGGUUCAUAGGUCGAAGGGUUAUGCCAAUGAGUGUGUUAUGGGUUAGAAAUCAAGUGCCUGGUUUUGGAAAUGAACGGUUAAAUGGCUGGUUGUAUGGAUGGAUUAUGACGUGGCGGUCCUAGCUUUCAAAAUGUAUUCGAACAAGGAAGUUAAAGGGCAAGGUUUAGCUGGAGAAAGUUGACUUCAAGCUACAUUUUGCCUCAUUUUUGACAGAAGUUGCAUCACAUUGAAAUCCUUGUGAUAGAAAAUAUAUAAUGUGUGUGUGUUUCUCCAAUCGUCUUUGCCUAAUAGCAGCGGUAUUUUAGCAGAUCAAGUCGUGCUGCACUCUGCCUCUAUCCUCAUCAGACACGGAUCUAGCUGCUAUAUCUACAUGUACUCAAGGUGACUAAGAAUCGAGGCAUGCCUCAGUCAUGAGCAGCAGGAGAGCUAAGCCGCUAAGAAAUUCAAUUUCCCAUAUAACUGACCAUCCAAACCAAUAGUAGCUAGCUGCCUUCUAGAGUCAACAAUUCGAUGACUCUUGGAAGUCCAGGAGACUGAGUGAGUGACUUGUGUGGUCGCUGCUUAGCUCCUACGUGCUCUGUGACAUGAGGCAUGCCUAGUGGUGUUCAAAAGAGACAAUUAUCUGCACUAAAAUAAGUGUGUUUUGGACCGAACACAUGCCUCUGGUGCUAUGUACCGUAGUAAACCUCCAAAUGAAGUAGACGAGAGGGUCUGUGUUAUGUGGGGAACUGUAGGGAUUUCUCGUCCUAACUGUUAGUGGAAACGGUUGCCAUUUGAGAAUCUCUUGUUUUUGACGGUACAAUGAUACAAGGAGACAGUUCUCAAGGCAAGGACUGCCCCAAUAAGUGAACAGUAGUGUGGUCCAAUGGUAGGAUCCUGUGCCUCCCCUCCUAUAGUCACGUUUGACUGCCUUCCCAACUCUAGCCUUCCCCUGGCUGGAAGCCAAUGAGUUUGAGCCUUCAUGAUCUUCACUAGUGUCCAAAAAGCCUUUUUCAAAAGCCAGAUUGGAAGAAGUGUAUAUAUGUACAUUUCACAUUAUUGUAAUGCACACACCACUUAUUUUUGCUAACAAAAAAUCUAACCUAUGUAGUUUUAUAGUUAUUCAUCAUUAAACGUGAAGGGUAAUAAAAUGUGGCUAGAGUUUUGAGUCAACUGUUGUUGACUCGUGUCCUGUGGCAAUGUAUACUGUUAUUUGUGUAUUUUGACGUGUGUGCGGUGGCUCUAUUUCGAUAUGUAACGUGUGUCUGGAUUGUUAUACUGUUAUGGAUCGGGAUGCGGUGGACUUCUAUAAGUAAGAGGUUUUUCUCCUCUCUCCUUGCGCAACCACAGGCACUUCUUGUGCUCAGAAAUACAAAGCCUUAAAACCUCCGGUAAGUCUGCAAUGUGACAAAGUAUAUAAUCUCAUUUAGUUUUUUCCAGAUUCUCCUUACUUUUGAUUCCCAGAGGACUACAUUCCGUAGCCUGUAGAUCUGCCAUCUGAUUCCCCUGAGACCUAAGUGGAGAAAAUAUGGAAGACUAGAGGACAGAAGAAGUUAAGUUUGCUCCGUAAAUGUAUGAUCCAAUGGUGUCUUGGAUCGGUUUGUUGGUGUGUGCUUGGUUGGUAAAGAGCAGGGUGUUUUUGUUAGAUGGGUUUUUGUGCAUGUGGCUGGUUCUGGUGUAUGUAAAGUGAGAAGUAGGGCUGCCAUUUGAGGGAGGUGGUGUGUAUGGAUCGGUACAUGGUUUAGCAAGCGACAAGCGUAGUGAUCAUCCAAGCUGACAUGAUGAUGAACGUCAAGGACUGUACAGAACAUUCUGAUUUUCCUGGGCAAAAGAACACAUGUUUACAUAUAGCAGAUGUGUUUGCCUAACACCUUUUUUUACUUUUCAACUCGCUAAACCGUCAACAGUAACGUUUUUCAGAUGUUCGUUUGUGUUCAGUAGUUUUUUUUGUUGUUGUUUUUUUUGCUUAGUUUAUAGAUAUUUAUGAGCAAGGCCUUCUAGGUCUUAAACAUCAACCCAGAGAUUGCUAUACUCUAUGGAAAAGUAGCUAUGUGUGUUCAUUCCAUUGCCUGUGACGCACAGAUAUACUGGAUUUUGAGGUGUAGGUUCUUUCUUUUCGGCGCGGAAGGUAAAUCUAUGGCAGAGUGAAGAAGUCCACAGGAAGUGCCUUUCUUUAUGGUGGUGCUGUAAAAGAAAAGUCAAAUGGCAAAGACGUUUAUCUCAUUUUUGAAGAAAAAUAAAAAAGCAUUGCAAUGCAGAAACGUAUGCACAGUACACACACUAUACAUACCAAGAUGCAUAAAGACAGAGUAUAUGAUUGUGGUUGAGCGUUCACUUAGUGGUGCAUUUUGAGUUUGGACCAAUCGACUCGGUUGGUUGGUACAGUGGAACUUGCGUUGACAAGCGAGGUCAUAGUUAAAACCGAUGUGUGUGUGUGUGUGUGACACAGCCUGGGCCACGAAUGACGAACAUAGCACAGCACUUUAUAGACUGCCUCUCUCACUCGGACACACAGCCACAAUGUUUUCUGUCUUUGUACCUCCUCCAAUCCCCUCCUCCCAGAUACAGUGGCGUGUCGAGGACUUGUUAUGUGAUUUUGAGGAGAUUUUCCUCCUCUGGGAAUUGGAUUACGACACCAAACAAAACGGUUACCAUCGCUACUAAGUGGUCAUUUUAAAGGUGUGCCUCCAGCUCAUGUGACUCCGCUGAUGAUGAUGACUGUUUUGAGUCGGCCUGCGUUUUGUGGUUUCUCAUUAAGAAUCUGAAACCACCAACGGUUUUUAAGUGUUCCAAUGUAAGGAAGUUGGAAGUAAUGGCAUUCAUAUUAGGAUGUCGGCAGUUGUCUGGCCCAUGGCAUUCUCAUCCCAGUGCAAUGCCUCGCCCUGCCGCGUGUCUGUCUUGUCCUUAAUGGAAGGAUAGUGGGCCCACUUUCAUUGGGGUUUUGGGGCAGUUCGGGUGUGGAAUAAGACUCCGAGAGGGUCUGUAUGAGUCAUUUGGGGUACCCAUCAGUCCAGGGGGGUGGUAUCUUUUUAACAAGAGAUUUAAAAAACAAUGCGCCUCACGUACCUUUGUAUGCUGCAUACGUUAUACUACAUGAGAGGAGAAACUGCAAAUACUGCUUUGGUUAUUACAGUAUAAUGCUUGAUUAAUACCUGAUUAUGAUAUUCUCAUAACUGUUUUAGAGACGGAAGUAUAACUAAGAUUUUCUUGUUUAGUUUUUUUUUGUCUUAACACUUAUCUGACUUGAGCCGAACAUUUUAUUUUGUCCUCCUAUUUAAAUGUUGUUCUUUUUAAUAUGUAUAUGAAAUAUAUAUUGCAAAAUAUUUUAUGCUGUAUUUAUUGAGUGCAUAAACGAGCAGCUAGCUAGAGUCUCCGCAACAUUGGCAGCAUGGUGGAGGUGCAGCUAGGGGACGAGGCCUUAAACCCCUCCCCCCUCCAUGUUGAAGACUUACCCUCCCCAAACACGCAAGCACAGCAACGUGUUGGAGGGCGGACGGAGGGGCACAGUUGCGCAGGGGCAUCUGUUUUUAAAUGAGGUAUUACUUAUGUAGACCCCUGCUUUUAGCUUUCUGUUUGGGGGAAGAGGCCUUCUCAUAUGUCCUCAUCACCUUCUUGUACUCUCUAGUCCCUCUCUCCUCUCCGGUUCUCUCCUCCCAUUUUGUUGAUCCCACCCACCACCCCCACAUGUUGCAUCUCAUCUCUCUAGGGGUAGGGAACCUUCACUGAACCACACGGACUGGGCUGAGCCUUGUAAAAACUGACUUCCUCAUCCAGAGCUGCUAAUGUGUUAGCAUGUAAACUCCCCUGGCCUGGUGGAGUACAGGUGGGUGAGAAUAGAGGGGAAAAGGAGGGAGGGAGGGAUAGUGCUAAGGCAGAGGAUGUAUGGUUAGGUGUGGCUUCUGUGCUUUCAUGUCUCCUCUGUGGAGUUUUUGUUUCCUUGUGCCAGAGACUUUUACACAGUAAGGAGUAGAGACUAAAGUCCCAUUCCACUCAAAUGCAAGCCUCAGUCUUAAGUGUGUUCUUACUUUGUUGGGUUUUAUUUACAACUACAGAAUGCCUGAGUUGAGUACAAAAAAAGGCCCAACUCCAAAAUGUAAUCCUCGUAUUUAUUUGCAAACCACUAACAGUGCUACAGUAGUUGGUUAGCCCCAACGUACAAAAGUGUAUGUUUCCCCACGUGUGUAUGGAUGUAAGAACAGGAGCCCGAGGGUUCUGUGUGCUGUACUUAGACUUGUACCUGUGUAAUGAAUCAAGGCGUUGUAAUAAUGAGUUGCUGUUCUGUUUGCCCACUGUCUGUUAGUCGUUCCCACCUCACUCUAGGGUCAGAGGCAUGGAGCUUUAUAGGGGUCGUCAACCCUGUUCAGAACUUCAAUAGGCUUUUCCUACCUAUUACCCACAGACAAAUACUUUAAGACACGUUGACUCCAUUUAGCUCUCUGUUUUGAUGUGCAAGCAGACGCUGCUUGCUUUCAGUCCAUUCGCAGUCCAUGUUAAGGUUUUGAAAUCCCGUUUGCUCGAGAGAUUAUCGGAUGCUCUUUUCCCAGUGUUAAACUGGUUUGAAGGCCGAUUUCGUCAGUGGCCAAGGAUGCUAGACUUUUUAAAGGGUUUCCUAUGUGUUUCAUCCGUAUCUUGAGGUUAUUUUGUAUUUGACGUGCGGUCGGUUUGUGUCAUUACUUUUUAAUUGAAUGUCAGUCAGGAUUGUGUGCUGUGAGUCCUGAGGCACCUGCUAAAAUCAAUGGGUGUUUGAUGAUACGAACAAGGUAGCCACAUGAGUUCCAUGCCUCUGUCUCUGUUUCGGUCUCUGUUGUGUCUCUACUCUGUAUGUUUCAAACUCUCUGUUGUACCAACAGGUCUUUUUAUUUUAGUUUUAAAUGUCUUCGUUUUGUAUUUCUCUUUAGGCCUUUUAGUGUUACUUUGCUGAAGUUUUUGAAGUGUAUCUUUCACGAAUACUUGCAAUAAAAAGCUUUGCUUUCAUA